UUAAAGAUGGCGCCUUCCCACGUCCUCAGAUGCUGUCAGCGGGGUCUGGCUUGGAUACCGGUUAUAUUUAUCGCUUUAGUCGUGUGCUGGUCGUAUUAUGCCUACGUUGUGGAGUUGUGUGUGUUCACUGUGCCGAGUCUGGGAGAAAAAGUCAUCUACUUGGUGGUUUUUCACCUCUUCUUCAUCCUGUUUGUUUGGUCUUAUUGGAAGACCAUCUUCACCAAACCAGCAAAUCCAUCCAAAGAGUUCUGUUUACCCAAAGCUGAGAAGGAGCUUUAUGAGAAAGAAGAACGCCCAGAGACUCAGCAGGAGAUCCUGAAACGAGUUGCGAGCAGCCUGCCGCUGUACACACGCACUGGUGCUGGAGCUAUUCGUUACUGUGACCGCUGCCAGGUGAUCAAACCCGACCGGUGCCACCACUGUUCCGCCUGUGACAUGUGUGUGUUGAAGAUGGAUCAUCACUGCCCGUGGGUAAACAACUGUGUAGGUUUCUCUAAUUACAAGUUCUUCAUCCUGUUCCUGGCCUACUCGCUGCUCUACUGCAUGUUCAUCGCUGCCACAGUGCUGCAGUACUUCAUCAAGUUCUGGACACUUUGCCGGAGGAAAUCAGCAGAGAAUUGUCCGAAGAGCGAGCUGCCCGACUCUCAUGCCAAAUUCCACGUCUUGUUUCUUUUUUUUGUGGCGGCAAUGUUCUGCAUCAGCAUCCUCUCUCUCUUCACUUACCACCUGUGGCUCGUAGCAAAGAACAGAUCCACGAUAGAGGCUUUCCGAGCACCUGUCUUCAGGAACGGCCCAGAUAAAAAUGGGUUCUCUCUAGGUUUCAGCAAGAACAUCGCUCAGGUGUUCGGAGACCAGAAGAAGUUCUGGCUGCUGCCAGUAUUCACCAGUCAGGGAGACGGUCUCACGUUUCCAACUCGGCUGGUGGCCACAGAUCCGGAGCAACCAACAGAAACCAUACAUCCAGAUCACCUGAGCCAAAGUGUUGAGGGAGAACAGUGUGGUCCUCUCAGUGAGUCUCAGAAACAUCUGCUCAAUAACGACCUCCUGGACGAUCACAAAGCAGCUGUUAAGUCCGAUGAAAAUGACACCAUCACGGUUUCCAUGGAGUGCGAGUCCUAGCCAGGGUUCGUCAAUAAAAAACCUCCGGAGGAGAAACACAGCCAUCAAACGUGAUGCCUUAAACAACUCCAUCACCUCUGCAGCAGCUCCCCGUCCUCGUGCGUGCUUGCGUGUGUUCGCUCGACGUCUAACGUUCAGAGAAAUUCGCAUCCUGAUCUUUAAUCUUUUUCUUUCCUUCUUCUUCUCCUUUCUCAAAGCAGUUGCAGGUUUUAUCUCGGAUUAAUGGUGCGAUUAAUAUCAAACCAUUUGUUGUUUACCAGAAAUAACAAGCACUACUAUCACUGGGGGCAUCUGGGUUCCCCACCGGUGUCUGAUCUGAUGUUUACAAAGCCAGGACUGAUCCUUCCUGAUCCUUUCAUCUUCUCCUUUUUUUCGGAUCGUGAACAUAGAAACGUGUUUCGAUCCAGCUGUUGACUAUUUCAUUAUUAUUAUUAUUAUUAUUACUACCGCGAUUAGCGGUUUGUUGCGUGAGGUCACAUGAUCGCACGAAGGAUCACGCGUUUGGAAUUCUGGAUGAAAUUAGGUUAUAAAUCUAAUACAUUUAACACAUUAAACUUUUCAUAACAAUAUUAAAGCAGACGCACUUUCGGGCGGAGAAGGUGGGAACGUUCGACCAUUUUCAGGAUCACGUGUAUUUUAGUAUUUUUUUAAUUUUUAUUCUUUAACAGUGUUGAUUACAUUUCUGUGGUAUUGAUUAUUCAAAUCUUUUAUUAUAUCGUUUUUGUUAUUAUUGUAAUGGAAUCUCUAGUGUGAUUUAUGGAAUUAUUUAAUCAUGGAAUCUCCCAACAUCUGAGUUCAGGGUCACGGAGACGCUCGCAGUUUUAACUCAUCACCUGAGCACCGAGUUUAUUUUUAGAAAUAUCACAUUUAAAGCAUCGAGUCAUUUGAGAGUUGACUCUUAUUGAUUUUACUCGCUCUUGGAAAGAAUUCCCAACAUUUCCUGAAAGGAUGGGAGGGUUUUUUUCCACCCGGAAUUCCAAAGAAUCAGAUUAGGUUUGAAGCCUGUUUACAGAACGCCAGUGAAGAGGGCUGAUAUACAUUAUACAUAAAGACGUCUGAGAGAAUUGUGUGACUCCUACUUUGUGUGUACAGUUUGAGGAAGAAGCACAUGUGGGUGGAAAAGUCAGGUGUCCCAGUACUUUUGGUGAUGUUGUGUAUUUUGGUUGCUCUUUCUGUGGUCGAGUAUCAGAUCAUGAUCUGUUAGGACUUGUAGUCUUUCCUGAAAGUAUUGGAACAGUGAAGCUUAUUCUUUUUGUUUAUUGUGUUUUAUCCGGUUGUUAGUUUAGCUGUGGUUUCUUCCUUUUUUUCCUCCAGGACAUUCCUUAUUGUUCUUGUGUUGGCUUUGCCCAAAGUUCAUCCCUCGUUCUUCAGCUUUAUAAUGCCCUCUCCCCAGACAGCUCUCUGGUCUAUACUUUGGUUAAACCUUUUUGAUCACCAAAUGCACAGGUCUUUACUGGUGAAACCCAAAACUCCAUCCAAGAACCAACAUUCUGAGAAACACAACACACCUGGCGAAGAAACAUGUCGGACAUGUGUUCCAAAACAGAUCUGUGAUUUUUAUCAAUCUGGUUUAUGGUAUAUUGAUCGGAACACAGAAAAUAACUGGUCUUGCUGUUUCAAUACUUUUGAUUUGGGGUGUACGUGGUGUAUAGGGGCUACAAGACAUUAAUUAUAGCCUGCGUAUAUAGCGAAUAGAACACCUCCCCCUUCUGGUGACUCAUGGAUAUUAAUUAUAUACAUGAAUAUUCAUGCACAUUUGCAUAUUAAGUACGAAAUCGACAGCCCUGGUUAUAAGAUAUUUGGUAAUAAAAAGCACAGUAAUGCGAUUCCCACGUCACUCUCAGAUUCGUUUAUGCUAAGUAUUAACACGUGUUUUUUUUUUUUUUUUUAAGACAUUUAUUUUUUUAUUCUUUUAUUGUCGUAGUUUUUGUUUAAUUCGUAUGGAAUCUGUUUGCUCGUUCGUUUGCACUGUGAACGUUCUACACGCCACAUAAUAUGCAUCUUCUCCAGUAUCGGUCUCCAGUCUGCAGUAAUAACACGCUGGAGAAUAAAAUUACUGCUAAAAAUCCGUGAAAAACAAACGUUUGGUUACGUUCAUCAAGAUAAAGUUUUUGUGAGAUGAGUCCAUGCUUUUAUGCCUCGUCAUAAGCUGGUGUCUUAUGAACCGGUUUGUUUUUAUAAAAAAUGUGUUUAGGAUUUUACGUUUUUUAAUUUUUUUAUUUAUAUUUAGUUCCUUUGACCGGGUUUAGUCGUACGGCCGAGUGCAAAAGUUUGCGCGCCUCUGUUCUUUGUGUGUGGUGUUUUUAUUUUCGAUUCCUGGUAUUCAGGGUCCUCCCACAAAAAUUAAUCAAAAAAUAUGGUAUUGUGGUAGCGAGAGCAUGUGGGAGAUGUUUUCCUGCUUCUGUGAUUCACUUGUCUGGUCAUAUGUUUGAACUUUGCCUGAUACCUAAAGCAUUGUGUUUUAUGGCUUUUGAGAGACACAUGCAUGUUCCUUUUGUUUCUAUGCAUCUUUCAGCUUCUGAAGAUUUCCUUUGCUGCCAAAUAUAUAGAUAUAUACAUUAUCGGAUGUAAAUCCUCCCUUAGCAUGAACACCUUUACACACACUAAUUUCUCAGAAAUGUCUUUCUUGUGGUGAAGUUCAUCCCAGAGCAGUUCAGAAGGAUGUUGGUGGGCAGGUGGUACCAUGAUAGAUUUCACUCCAGACGUCUGUCAGAACUCGGAUGUACGCUUCGUCUUGUUGUACGGUGAAGUCGGUUCCAAUGAGCCGCAGUCCAGACGGAACUGCAUGGUGUUGAAGUGUGGAAUAGGAGCCAUGAUGGUUCACUUUUACCUUCUGGAACCUUCCCUGCCCCAAACAACCCCAAACCAUACCUCCAUGUGAGGGUGAGGGAGUCUGAUCAUAUCUUCGGUCUUGUUCUUCUUCUUUUACAAGUUCUUCUGGUAGACACAAAAAUGUAACUUCACCAAACUUCCAUCAUUUCGCUCAUUCACUGUUUUUGACUUGUAUCUAAACGAAAGGAACAUUUCAUGUGUCUCAAAACUACAGACUGUGUGUUUACACAUAAGAACAGGCCCAAACAGGACUUCAGCAGUUAUUUAAACUCGGGUGGAUUAUUAUUAUUAUUAUUAGUAUUAUUAUUAUUAUUAUUAUUAUUGUAAGGCACUGAUUCGCUAUUUGACAAACACACAGAAUUCGAUUUCGACUUUAUCAUUCUAGUAAAUAUUCUUUCUGUCCGUUAAUGUAAAGCGAGGGGAGGGGGCGCGCUAACUUGUGCACUCGACUGUACAGGUCACUUUUUUUGUUCAGACUUCGGUCAUUCAAAACUGCUGAGUUUUCACCAAAUAAAGGGCUGAACAUCGGAGCUCUGAAGGUUCCUCUGAGAGCUCAUACUCAAGCCUAGAAACACCAAGGACACCAAAUCCUUUUCUUUCUUUUUUUUUUUUGUCAUAUUUUUUUUUUUUUUUUUUUUUUUAAUAGUAAUUUUUUGCUGUAUUUGUUUAGUAUCAGUAUCAGUGCUGUCAGUAUCAGUACAUUGUUGUUGAAUUGUUCUUUAAUAUACAAAGUGCAGCUGUGUUCUGGAAGUGUGUGUGUGUGUGUGUGUGAGAGAGAUCAGUACGGUAUGUCGAGUUGUCUCUGAAGAAAUGCAGAAUGUGAUGAAUAACAGAAUCCUGCGUUCACGCUGACGAACGGCAGAAGCAUUUUGGGGUUUUUUGGGGUUUUUUCUGCUAGAAGGAGCCAUGUUUUCUUCUCGAUUCUAUGCACAUAGUGUCCGACACCAAGCGAUAAAAUCUGGACCGAUUCCUCGGACCGGUCCUGUGGCGCUCCUGCGUUUGUGGUUCUGAAGUUUUGUCGGUUCUCCACACGAUACUUUAGUUUCCAUCUCGCAAUUACCUUCAUUAAAUACACAAAAAAAAAGUAGGGAAAAGUCUUAUAACCCCGAUUCUUCUUUAUCGUAUCACAUAAAACGUGUUCGGUGACUGUCGGUGCUUCGGUUCGCUCGUUUGUCUUCACCGAGAACGAAUCCAGACGCAACACGGAGCCGUGACGAGCGACGCACGCGACUCUUCACACAGUGUUCUGAACUUACAGUGACGAAUACACACGUAAACACACCUAGAAACGCACAACACAAACACUUAGCAGCAGCGAUUUACAGAGAGAUUUCAGUCCGAGCUCGGAAUGUUCUACACUACAGUCUGAUGUGGUAUUUUCUAUCACAAUAUAUAGAAAUAAAUUAUAUAAAAAUUAUUAAUUACAAAAUGAAGUGUAAUGUUUUAAUGAUGGAUUUUUAGCACCAGGACUCGUCUGAAACCACUUCAGUCGUCUUUUCCUUUUUUUGAUUUGAUUUUGUAUUUAUUUUUUGUUUGCAGAUUUCGUUUAUUUUGUUUUCUCCUCCUCCUUCACUCACAGCUGUGUGUGUGUGUGUGUGUGUGUGUGUGUGUGUGUGUGUGUGUGUGUGUGUGUGUGUGAUUUAACCUCCGAUCUUCCGUUUCAUUUCUUUUCACAUCUUUCAGAAGCCAUUCUGUAUCUCAUUUCUCUAUUUUUCAGCCUUUUUUUUUUUUUUUUUUUUUUUUUUUUUUAAGAAUUAAAGGAAAAACCAUCCGACUUGUAGAGCAGUUUCUGUUUCACCUUUUUUUGUUCGUUUCUGUUUUAGAAAAACAUGGAAAUGACUGUAAAAUGUUGAUCUCGCGUCUAUUUUUCACUCUAAUUCAUUGGAAUCUUGAUAUUUUGUGAAUGAUGAUGUAAUUGCUUAUUCUGUGAACACGACUAAAAAUAAACAUGCUUUUAUAUUAAAAAA